AUGGAUGAUGUCGACUUGCGACAGGAAAUCCUCCAGCGGACUCUUAAAGAGGUAGCUGAUGAGGAGAAAGAGGCGGCAAAUCCUUGUGUUAUUUGCUUAGACACUGUCGCCGAGCCAUGUGUGGCACAGCCAUGCCACCAUACGAACUUCGACUUCCUCUGCCUUGUCAGUUGGAUUGAGCAGCAACCGAAAUGUCCACUAUGUAAAAUCGAGUUGACAGCGGUGCAAUACGAUCUCAACGCCACACAAGCCUCUGCUCGAUUGCGCCAUGGUAAUCGCUACGGCCCACGAGGGCGACGUCCUCCACCCCUGCCGCGACCACAGCCAGAUGACCCGCUCGAGCGCCGGCGCAAUGUCUACCGCAACCAAACAUACUCCAUGCGAGUCGGAUCCAAUCGGUUGUCUCAGUACCGAGAACUGACACCGGAGCUCUUUGCUCGUGACGAGGGGCUCGUCUCGCGCGCUCGGAAGUGGAUCCGCCGUGAACUACGAGUCUUCUCUUUCCUGAACCCGGAACCGGAAGACGUUGAGCGGACAUCUCACCAUGUCUCGCGCCCUGGGCCUCAACGGCUGGAGAAUCGCAGGGCGAACAAUGCCGAGUUUCUGCUGGAAUAUGUCAUUGCUAUCUUGCGCACGGUCGAUCUCAAAGGCAGUGCUGGGCAGGCGGAGGAUCUGUUGCGUGAUUUCAUCGGACGCGAGAAUGCGUCCUGGUCGCUGGGUGCCUAA